ACUUCCGGAGCAUUUUUGGAAAGGGGGAGGUGCUUUCCUAGUGGCCAAGUACGCCUCUCCCAGAUACUUCCAUGUGACCCCCUCCCGUCGAGUCUCAGGCUGCGUGUGAGCGCACUUACGACCGGGGCGCGAUGAUCUCACUCGUGCGCGAGUGCGCGCGGCGCAUGUUCGGCGUGUCGGUCUUCAGGCGCCUGAUGAGUUCACAGUUGCGCGGUGGUGUCAGCGGUUUCGCUGGCGUUCGUGGGCCUCCCCCGGACCCACACACGGAAACACGCAACCAUUCGGGGAUCCAGACGCCCGUUUACACGCACCACCCCUGGGCGGGCUGUGCGGCUCAGGCCCUCCCCCGGGACCGGCCCGUGUCCCGCCCCGUGUCCCACCCCGUAUUUGUGCGGCGCCAGCUGGCCCCGCAGCCUGCGGCGCAGAGAGGCUGGGCUUGCAGGCGCAGUAGCUCCAGAGGUCGCGCUGGGCUGAGAGUGCGGGCCGGCAGAGGCUGGCGGGGAGCAGCCGGGGUUAUGCUGGGCAAGGAUUACAUGCUGGCCAUCAUUCUGGUCAACUGCGAUGAUGACUUGUGGGAGGACCACAGUCUGGAGGGGGAGGCUGGCCUGCCUCCUGGCUGGAGGAAGAUCCACGAUGCUGCAGGUACUUACUACUGGCAUGUACCCAGCGGUAGCACCCAGUGGCAGCGCCCAACCUGGGAACUAGGAGAUGCAGAGGACCCAGGCACGGGAACGGAGGGGAUCUGGGGACUGCGGCCCCCCAAAGGGAGAUCCUUCUCCAGCCUGGAGAGUUCACUGGACCGGAGUAACUCUCUGUCCUGGUAUGGUGAGGAAUCCUACAUCCAGAGCAUGGAGCCAGGGGCUAAGUGCUUUGCAGUCCGCUCUCUGGGCUGGGUAGAAGUACCUGAAGAGGACCUGGCACCGGGGAAGAGCAGUAUUGCAGUCAAUAACUGUAUCCAGCAGCUGGCCCAGACCCGCAGCCGGAGCCAGCCUCCAGAUGGUGCCUGGGGUGAGGGCCAGAACAUGCUGAUGAUCCUGAAGAAGGAUGCCAUGAGCCUAGUGAAUCCCGUGGACCACAGUCUGAUCCACUGCCAGCCUCUGGUGCACAUCCGUGUGUGGGGCGUGGGGAGCUCCAAGGGCCGUGACAGCCCCAUCUCUGCCCCUGCUAGGGACUUCGCUUUUGUGGCAAGUGACAAAGAUAGCUGUAUGCUCAAGUGCCAUGUGUUUCGCUGUGAUGUCCCUGCCAAGGCCAUUGCCAGUGCCCUACAUGGGCUUUGUGCCCAGAUCUUGUCAGAGCGAGUAGGGGUCAGUGGUGAUGCCUCUUGCUGCUCCCCAGACCCCAUCUCUCCUGAAGACCUGCCACGGCAAGUGGAGCUGCUGGAUGCGGUAAGCCAAGCUGCUCAGAAGUACGAGGCACUGUAUAUGGGGACACUGCCAGUCACCAAAGCCAUGGGCAUGGAUGUGCUGAACGAGGCCAUUGGUACCCUCACCGCCAGGGGGGACCGGAAUGCCUGGGUCCCCACCAUGCUCAGUGUGUCUGACUCUCUCAUGACUGCACACCCCAUUCAGGCAGAGGCCAGUACAGAGGAGGAGCCAUUGUGGCAGUGCCCUGUGCGCCUUGUGACAUUUAUUGGUGUUGGCCGCGACCCACACACCUUUGGCCUCAUCGCUGACCUGGGCCGUCAGAGCUUCCAGUGCGCAGCCUUCUGGUGCCAGCCCCAUGCAGGGGGACUCUCUGAAGCUGUGCAGGCUGCCUGUAUGGUUCAGUACCAGAAGUGUCUUGUGGCCUCUGCAGCUCGAGGCAAGGCCUGGGGUGCCCAGGCCCGUGCCCGCCUGCGGCUCAAGCGGAGCAGCUCCAUGGAUUCCCCAGGAGGUCCCCUGCCCCUCCCCCUGCUCAAAGGAGGGGUUGGCGGUGCAGGGGCAACCCCUCGAAAGCGGGGUGUCUUCUCUUUUCUUGAUGCCUUCCGGCUGAAACCCUCUCUGCUCCAUAUGCCCUAAACUUAUCUGGGAAGGCUGGGGAAGUAGGCUCUGGGUCCAUGCCUAACUCUGUACCGUUUUAUUCCUCAAGGCCUAUAGCCUGUCACUCCUUGAAGCCUUCUCUGCCUGUCCCUCCGAUCCUUGUCCACCGUCUAUUUAUUGCCCAAUUUAUUGUUUAUACGGAUGACUGGGAGGCACUGCACCACAACGUAGGACCCUGGCUCCCCUUUCCUUGGGUCCUUGUGUUCCUUGCCCCUGUCCAACCCUGGACAGUUGGCUCUACCUCAGUAACACUUUAUAGCAAAAUCAGUGCAAAUAAAAAUCCCUCAGUGACCUCA